GAAUUUCUUUCAUCUCAGUCUUCGAUUUUCUUUAAACAAAUAAUGAAGUUUUAUAUUUUUGGAGUUUUCCUGGUGAGCUUUCUUGCAUUAUGCAAUGCUGAGGAUUAUGAUAAAGUAAAACUUACUGGAAGAACUGUUUACAUCUCCAGAUCAAAGGCUCCGUGGUUCACAGCUUUAGACAAUUGUAAUCGUUUACGCUUCACCUUCGCCAUGAUCAAGUCUCAGAAGGAGAAUGAAGAGCUAACAAAUGCGCUUUUAAGUGUAAUUAAAUCUGACGAAGAAAAUGUUUGGAUUGGAGGUCUUAGGCACGAUCUGGAUGACUACUUCCGUUGGAUUAGUUUUGGAACUGCAUUGUCAAAGACUUCGUACACCAAUUGGGCCCCAAAGGAACCCACAGGAAGGCCCCAUAGAACUCAAAAUGAUGAAUUCUGCAUGCAAAUGUCUUUCAAAGAUGGUGGCAAAUGGAGUGAUAACACCUGUUGGCGUAGACGUUUGUACGUUUGUGAAAAGCGUGAUUAAAUAAAGGAACACUGCCAAUGAA